CUAGGUCAAGCGAUUCCAGAGUUUAACACAGUGAUUUCCACAGUGGCAAUACUAUUUCAUUUCUGCUUCAAAUUCUUAGUCAGCACGGAUACUCAUUAAGAUAAGCCUGUUUGUUGGGCCAUGCCACCCUCUUGCUUUUUAUUUUGGCUCAUCCUUUUUCCUCUUCUCAGACUCGAGAGAUUCUUCUUCACAAAGUGUAGUGAGAUUUAUUAGAGAGAAAAAAAUUUUGCUGGUGAAGUGACAGGCGCAUACGGCCAAAAACUAUUUUCAUCUGACCCCAUUAAAGGUCAUUGCAUAUCACACCAAUCACCAUAAAGAUAAGAAGAAGAUCGUCCAUUAAGCAAACAGUGUGAAUGAAUAAUGCGAAAUAAAAGGCUCACAAAACCAGACACAGGCCUUAGAAUGGUCUCUGAUUAUUGUGCAUAUGGAAAGUUACCACUAUUCUGGGUGGCCUCUUCCCACCAACAUGCCUCACUGCAACUCUGCACCAAACAGUGAUCAAUUAUCUCCUUUUUCACUCCCUCUUGCUUCUUCUGACCCUCCAUCUCUUCAGUUUAGUGAUUUCCCUUUGUGGCCUGCAACCAUUGCAGAAGAUAAAGAUAGAGUUGCAAGUGCUUCAAAGAGUCACAGCCAAGCAGAGAAAAGACGCCGAGACAGGAUCAAUGCACAGCUUGCAACUCUCAGAAAACUCAUUCCCAUGUCUGAUAAGAUGGACAAAGCAGCAUUACUAGGGAGUGUGGUAGAGCAUGUGAAAGAUCUAAAGCGAAAAGCCAUGUGUGUGAGCAAAGCCAUAACUGUUCCAACAGAAACCGAUGAAGUAACAAUUGAGUUCCACGAAGCUGAAGAUGAAAGCUUCAGAAAAGUGAAGAUAUGGAAGGAGAAGAUCAUAAUCAAAGCUUCUGUGUGCUGUGAUGAUCGACCUGAAGUGUUUCCUGAGCUCAUCCAAGUUCUGAAAGGGUUGAGACUCACAGCAGUUAAGGCUGACAUAGCUAGUGUUGGUGGCAGAAUCAAAAGCAUAUUGGUUCUUUGCUCAAAGGACAGUGAUGACAACAGUGUUUGCCUCACCACUCUCAAACACUCACUUAAAUCUGCUGUCAACAAAAUUGCUUCGUUAUCUGUGGCCACUAAUUGUCCCACUAGAAAAGCAGAGAUGAUUUAUGAGAUGCAGCAAUCAGCAGUGAUAGCGUUGUACAUGAGGACCACACCCUUAAUUAGAGCACUGUUUCACAAAAGCAACGUACACUAAAUUUUCCAUUGAAAAUGAUUUAUAAGGUGAAAAGGGUAAUGCACUGUUGCAGUGUGCUUUUUCUCUUUAAUGUUUUCUGAGCAUAAA